CUUAGUAGAACUUUGUAGACGGUCCCUAGCUGGCCUAGCUCUAGCUCGCUGCUGCUACAGGUUUUACGCGUUGCAACAUAUCGAGAAUGAGUAAGUUAAAACUAAUGGAAUACGUGUGUGUUUAGUUUUCUAAUGCUUUUUAUACAAUACUCACCCACUAAGAUUUUAUAGAUUUUUUUUUCGCGGCUGAAUAUCUGAUAUCCAACGUCGAACCAACUUUGCAUUGGUAGAAGAAUAAUCCAACCAACCGUAGUAAUUUAGAUCUUAAGUUUCGUUUCUUCCGUUGAUAGCCGCUUCCGCAGAAACAGUUGUACUUAUUUCAUGAUAGGCAGUGUAAGAUCAUAACUGAUCUAAUAUCUGCACAUCACCACGGAGCUCACGACACCAGAGCUAAGAAACAUGAACAGGAAAAACAGAAAAAAUCAGCUCUCCAAGGAUGAUUUGCGUGCCGUUGGAUUUGACUUUAUAGAAUUUCUUGCGGAAAGCAAAAGGAGAUCCAUUACUGAUCGAAUCAUUCUCAAAAACAUCUACAACGAUGAGUUCCGAAACAGGGAUGGAGUCAGAGACCCAAACUUCUCUUCAGUUCUCUUUGUAUUGAGAAAUUCCAAAAAAGCACGCAUCACCAGAUCAGGACAUGUUUACUUUAACUCUAAUGUCAGAGUGGUGCACGAUCAAUGGUUUAUACCCCGUCAUAGACAACAAAACCAAGCUACUCCCCCUCUGAGUAAUGGCAGCUCAUCGCCUCCCGCCAGUGGCCAGGUUCCUGACCCAUCGUCAGUGCCAGGACCAGAAGAUGGAGUCCGAGGAAGGAGAAAUCUGUCAAAAGCCCUCCUGAAAAGAAUAAACACUACAGAACGGUCUGUGUUUAUCGCUGAUAAAUGUGGGGUGCGGGUAUCCUCAGAGCUGCAGACAGAGGAUGGCGUGAUUCAGCUGUUUGUGGAGGAGGAAGAAAUGCGUGAAGUGAAGCUGUUUGUGGAGAACACGGGUCAGGAGGCUGUGUAUUUCACAUACUACACUGCUCUGCACUGGCUGCAGUAUUUCACUCUGGAAGACAGCAGAAAAGUCACACGUAACAAUCCACUCCGUCUGGGGCCAUGUGAGAAGUAUGAGGUGACCUUAAGAUUCAAAGCAGAACAGAUAGGAGUCUAUCCUGCUACUCUGGCAUUUGAGUUCAAGGAAAACACCCAACCCACCACCCAUCCUUUCCACAUUGUUCGGUUCAUUCAGGCAGAAUACAGGUCCGAGCUUGCAGCUCUGCUGGGUCCAGAAGCACCAUUCAGACCUAAGAGGCUUGAGACCUAUGAACCUGCGAGGUGCAACAUAGAUGAGGGGGUUCAACCUGAGAGUUUUACACAAAACUUUUUAAAGUUUGUGUUGCCACUGGAUAGCUACACACGUCCUUCUUACAUCUCUGACUUAGCCGAGGUCCUAAAAGGCAGCCGUUCUUUCCCGAAGCUCCAGGAACAGAAGUCACUGCUGGAAAGUGAUCUGGGUUUUCAUAACUAUAUUGAGCGCUUUGAUUUACUACUGUACCUGGAGGAAGAUCAAAUGCGUCUAGACAUCAAGAUGUAUAACAAAGAUGAUGUAUCCAUGGUGAAAGACCAUGAGAACAAACGACUGCUGGUCUUAGAGCUCCCCGGUGUUUCGGAGAAUAGGCCAUCAGUCCUGAGAGGAGAUCACCUGCUUCUCACCAAGAGUGACGAGGUCCAGCUCUCAACUGUGACCAAAUACAAGGGCUAUGUCCACAGAGUGGAACUGGAUCAGGUCAAACUGGGCUUCUCUCGAAGGCUGCUUGACGGUUUCAUAGAUAAUAUGAAAUUCCGUGUGGAGUUCACAGUGAAUCGUCUCCCGUUGAGACUGCAACACAGAGCAGUACACAUGGCGGUCCAGCACGAGCUCAGAGAUGUGCUGUUCCCUGUGGGCUCAAGGAGCUUGAACCCUGCGUCUCCACCUGCACUGAGGCUCUUUGAUCAAAAGCUGGAGAAGAACCAUGAACAGAAAAAAGCCGUAUGUAACAUUGUGGCUGGUACAUCCAAGCCGGCACCGUACUUGGUGUUUGGACCUCCUGGCACUGGUAAAACAGUCACGAUAGUGGAGGCCAUCAAACAGGUGGAGAAGAAUAUACCUGGGGCCUACAUCCUAGCUUGUGCUCCAUCUAACAGUGCAGCUGAUCAGCUGUGUGAAAAGUUGAUCACUAGUCAACAUGUUGAUGCACGGAAGAUAUACAGAGUCUACGCUAGCUCACGCAAUCCAAAAGAUAUCCCUAAAGUCCUGGAGAAAAACAGUAAUGUGGAGGGAAACACAAUUAUUUUCCCUUGUAAAGAGGAUCUGAUGUGCCACAAGAUCAUAGUCAGCACUCUGGUCACCGCUGGCAGGCUGGUCAGUGGGGGUUUUCCUAUAGGUCAUUUUUCUCACAUCUUUGUGGAUGAGGCAGGGCAUGCUGUGGAGCCAGAGGCCAUCAUCAGUGUGGCAGGUCUGCUGAAUGCAAAGACUGGGCAGCUUGUUUUGGCUGGAGAUCCCAAGCAGCUGGGGCCAAUCCUGAGAUCUCCUUUUGCCAUUAAAUACGGACUUGGUCUUUCCUUGCUGGAGAGGUUAAUGACACAGAAUGAACUUUACCAGAAAGGCACUAGUGGAUACGACAACCGUUAUGUAACCAAGCUACUGAAGAACUACAGGUCUCAUCCAUCCAUUCUGAAGAUUCCUAAUGAAAUGUUCUAUGAUGGGGAGUUGGAGGCAUGUGCAGAUCAGAUUAUCUCCCACCAGUACUGCAAGUGGGAGCACCUGCCAAAAAUUGGAUUUCCUGUGAUUUUUCAUGGAGUGAUUGGAAAGGAUGAGAGAGAGUCGAACAGCCCCUCCUUUUUCAACACUUCUGAAAUCGAUAUCAUCCUUGACUACCUGAAGAAGCUCCUGACACCGGCGAAGAAGGGCAUCGCAAUAAUCUCCCCCAAAGAGAUUGGCAUUAUCGCACCCUACAGGAAACAGGUGGAGAAAAUCAGGAAGGCCAUUAAGAUGCACAGGGAGCUUAAAUCCUAUUUGGGCAUCGAGGAGCUGAAGGUUGGCUCCGUGGAGGAGUUUCAAGGCCAGGAGAGGAAAGUGAUCAUUGUGUCCACUGUUCGCAGCGACAAGAAACACAUCAUUUUGGAUGAAAAGUUCAACAUUGGCUUUCUGAAGAAUGAGAAGAGAUUCAAUGUGGCAGUGACCAGAGCAAAAUCCCUGCUCAUUAUGGUCGGGAACCCCAUCAUUCUACAAACAGACGCGACCUGGGGCAGGUUUAUUAAUUACUGCAUUGAGAAGGAAGGUUAUACUGGAUAUGAUAUUUCCAACAUGGAGGAAACGGAUGCGGUUGUCGAGCGUCUGCUAGCACUAAACAUCCGCGAGGAGAUCGUAGUGGAAACAGAGGAGAGUGUGGUCCAGCAACAUCUGAAUCCUGAGUGGAGACAUGACCAUUAAAUGAAGUGCCAUUCUUAAAGUGCCUCACAGCCAGGCCCCUCUCAUUAGCAUAACCACACCCCUUUCCCCAUCCUCUUGCUGAAGUUAAACUGGGAGAGUUUAUAUAAAGAAGUUUAAUUUUAAAGCUAAAGUUGCUAUAUGAUUUAAAAAUAGCAUUAAAUUAAAGGUGCUGCAUGACUAUAGAAAACAGACAAAAGGAGCUUUGGUGGUCCCUUUUGCCAAAAAGUUUGAAAAUACAGUACAGACCAAAAGUUUGGACACACCUUCUCAUUCAAAGAGUUUUCUUAAUUUUCAUGACUAUGAAAAUUGUAGAUUCACACUGAAGGCAUCAAAACUAUGAAUUAACACAUGUGGAAUUAUAUACAUAACAAAAAUGUGAAACAACGGAAAAUAUGUCGUUUUCUAGGUUCUAUUCUAGCCACCUUUUGCUUUGAUCACCCUAAACCAUCUCGACUGGGUUCAGGUUACAUGGGGAAAGAAUACACAUUGUUCAUUUACAUAUAAUACCAAAAGUGUAACAAUAUAAAUCUGAUUGAAAAUUUGACAUCUUGUCCUUAAUCUCAGGGCUUUAUAUGCAAUGUUGCCUAUAUUGAUUGAAAAGUUUUAUUAGAUGUUUUAAAGAAAAUGCAUUAAUUAACAAAUGGUUGAUAAAUCACUGAUUAUUUCCCUAAAAGAAGUGCCUUAUUUUUUAAAGUUACUAAACAACAGAAAUUAUAUUUUAAUAAUGCUUCAUUUAUGGUGGUAAAGGUUUUGUUUGUGGUCCCACUGGAUUGUCUGGAAAUUGCAAUUGGAGUUGGAGGUUUACAUCAGUGCAUUUUAAAACACAUCAUUAAACAAUUGUGUAAUUAAUUUCAAAGACUUAUGACUGAAGUAAAUACAUUGUAAUAUGGAGGAUGUUGAAUCACAAAUAAAUGCAAAAUCUGGAGCCUGUCAAGCCUGUCGACACACUCAUUACCUGUUUCUCACAGUCAGCAGACUUCAAAUUUACUACAUCCCAUGACACCUCAUUUGAAAAGGAGAAGUAUAAUGUGUAUUUAUUGACCAUGAAACUAUUUUGCAUUGCUAAGUUAUUCUUGUAUACAAUCUUGUUGUCAUCCAAAAAUAAAACAUGAAAAUGAA